GCAACACAAGUCCAAAGUAUAUAACUACAUUUUUAUAUUGAAUGAUCCCGGCAACAACACUAUUAUUGGUGUCUGCUGUUUAGAAGAUUAAAAAAAUGGCCGGUUCCGGUGCGGCCCAUCUCAACACAUCUAAGCUGAAUUUAGGAGUUUUGAGGGAUUAUUAUCGUCGUUCAUUUCUAGAAUGCAUUGACAAGUGCAAAGGUUCAAAGGUAAAUCUAUUUUAACCAUAAUAAAUUGAUCGUAGUGACUGAAAUUUUUUAUGGAUGGCUAUUUUUUGUAUCCAAAUUAAAAGGAAAAAUUAUAAAAUAUAAUAUAUUAUAUACUAUUAUACUAUAUAAUAAUAGUAUAUACUUUUAGCAGUUCUAGAGAGCUAUUUAUUUGUAGUAAACUAGUAGCUUCUAGUGAGCUAUUGGUACUCCAGCCGAUCAAAUCAAACCAAAAUUGGAACUUUAAAAACCCACUAUCAAUGAUAAUGGCGAAGUAUUGCCCCGUUAAUUUAUUAUUACUAGUGAGUAGCGACAGCACUUCAGCCAGGGACAUCAUUUGGGUAGGGCAGAGGGAGGCAUUUGCCCCCCCCCCCCUCCCCUGAAUUUUCAGGUUUUAUUAAAAUUGCAAUCUGCUAUGUACUGUGGCACUCCCUCUCCCCCCCCCCCCCCCCCCUAUCGAAAAAAGUCUGAAAUUACGUUCCUGACCUCAGUGUCCUCAGAACUAAUUAUUAUAAAAUCAACAUUAAUAUUUUAACGCUGUGCUAUAGCCUUCCUCAUAUUUGGCUAUAUUGCUAUAAUUAUAAUUUAUAAUAUAGACCUAAUUGUCCUGGUAUAGUUAGAUGUAUAAUACUAGUUUUAAAUGAUUAGGGGAUCAUAGUCUGCAAUUUUUUUUACCCAUCUUCUUUUUGCCAAAGUAAUAUGUGCAGUAAUAAUAAAAUCCAGCUUUAAACAUUUUGUGUGUGGUAAUUAUUAUGAUUAAAAUUAUUAAUUAAAAUGUAGGCCUAAAUCUGUCUAUAAUUACCAUAAUAAUAGUUUCACUGCAUACAAAGUGUGCACAUUAAAAAAAAAUCUUGUUACUUUAGUUAAAUGAAAUAGUAUAAUAAUCUGAUUAGGCUUAAAUUAAAGCUGACAAUAUAAGCUUUGGCCAAUCUCUGUUAAGGAACAUUGUCCCGUGACACCAACCCCCCUUACUGAUUUUCUUUUGGAGAUAUGCCUACUGAGUAUUACUUACACAAUUUAGCACUUCUUAACUAAUAAAGACAUUAAUCUUCUUCUUCUUAUGCCUUUUAACCCCAUCUGGGGCAUAGGCGUUCCACAAUAAUUUUCCAUUCAUCACGGUCCUGUGCUUCCUUUCCAGAUGCUUCCAGGUGUAUCCCAUAUUGUGCAUGUCUGCCUCUAGCUCGCGCCUCCAUGUUUUCUUUGGCCUUCCUCUCUUUCUUUUCACAUCAGGGUCACAGCAAGUAAUCUAUAAACUUCAAUAACCCAUUUAUUGAUUUCAAAUUUGGUAGUGUUUAUUAAAAUUGAUGUUAAAAGUCACAUUUUGUGUUUAUCCUACUGAUCGAGUCUUUUUAGUUGCUCCUGACAGGGUAGAUAAUUAGUAAAUAGUACCGUUUGGCCAUCUGCAAUGACUACUCAGCCAUAGUGUAGCCCGUUAUUAUUUUUAUAUUUCAUAAUUUGAUUUUCAGGCUUUAGUAUGGGAUGAUGGCUUGACAGGACCAUUUGGCUUAAUAGCGGAGGCCUCCAUGCUCAAGGUAAGAAGUUUUAUGGAUAUAGUCUAAUCUUAAAAAUUAGAAUUUUUAUGACAAUUUAAGUUCCAAAAAUGUCAUUGGUCUUCAAGGGGCUAUUAUGGUGUCUUAUAGAUAGUAAAAUUCAUGUUGGGGCUCAUUUAUAUUGCAGAGAUUUAAGUAUGUAAUAUUUUAUUACCUUAAAUCCCUUUCAUAAGUUGGAAACAUGUUUGAAGUGUACUUUUCUGAAUAAAAUAUUAAUGUGUUAUUUUGAAAAAUAAUAAUAUUCAAGAAUUAAUUCAGUAUCAAUCUUAUUAUCAAUCUUUGUGACUAGGAACAUCAUGAGGUUGAAAGAAUGUUUCGCCUUCAGUCUUCUGGUUUGCCAACCAGCCAAGUGCAAAAUAUCAUCUUCAUUGUUCGCCCUCGACUAAAUCUAAUGGAAACAAUAGCCCAGUGUUUGUUAAGGUGAGUCUUGCUUUUAACUUACACAAAUUUUAAGUUCUCUAGAAUGAGAACUAAAUAAGUCAGUUUAUUGUAAUUGUAAAAAUAUUGUAAAGUUUCAAUAUUAAGAAACAUAGUAAACAUUUAUAAGCUUCAUGUAAGCUUCAUUGGAUUCUCUGAUACGUUUUAAAAAAUUAAGAAAAAUGCCUGUGAUAUUAUUUAUAGUUGGCCAUCAAGAAUCAUUUCAUUGUCAGUUCCUUGUUCCUGUCAGGAUUAAACAUAAUCCCCUGUCAGUGUCAGUUCCUUGUUACUGUGAAGAUUAAUCACAAUCCACUCCAGUUUUUCCAGCUUUCCUAGGGAGGUAUGAAGUAGUCCUGAAAACCAAUGUUUAAACUCUUUGAAGCAGUUCUUGAAAUGAGGUUAGAAAUAGAUUCCUUCGUGGAACACCUUAUUUGUAAUUAUCAGUGGGAAAUUUCAUAUCAUUUGUUAACUGAAUUAUUACAAUACGCAUUUGAUGAUUUCAGUGAGGAAGUAAAAGGCAGUCAUGUGAGGAAAGAAUUCUACUUAUUGUUUGUUCCAAGACAUAGUUUGCUGUGUGAAAAAAAACUCAAAGUAAGUCUUGAUUAUACAAAUAUGAUGGAUAGUGUGAUUUCUUAAACUGAACUUUUACAACAUAUUUUUAAUCUGCUGUUGCUGAAUAUUGAAAAAGUAAAUCUCUACAUCAGCGGUUCUCAACCUUUGGGUUGGGACCCCUUUGGGGGUCAAAUGACCCUUUCACAGGGGUCGCCUAAGACCAUCAGAAAACAAAUAUACUCUACAGUUAUGAAGUAGAAACGAAAAUAAUUUUCUGGUUGGGGGUCGCCAAAACAUGAGGAAAACUAUUAAAGUGUCACGGCAUUUGGAAGGUUGAGAACCACUGCUCUACAGUUUUUACUCAGUGCAUCUCCUUUUACUUUUAUCUUGUUUUUAGAUUUUUAUCAUAGCUUUAUUUUAAAAGUCUUUUCAAACUGUAUGAAUUUACAUAUCUUUUUUUUUUCCAGGAACUAGGUGUUUAUGGAUCAUUUUCAAGUGUAGAUGCCUUUAACCUUGGCCUGAUUCCAUUUGAUUCAGAUUUGUUGUCUAUGGAGAUGGAUGAAUCAUACAGGGUGUGUUUAGUUUUGUUUGCUGUUGUCUUUGGCAAUAAUUCAUUUACUUGAUAAAAUAUUAAUAAAAUAACUGAUUGUUAGCAUAAUCAUUGAUGAUGCACAUAGUUACUAUUUUUGUAUACCCUAGUGUUGCUUUAUGAGUCAAUGGAGAUAAUUGUGAUAACAUUACAUUACUUCAACUUAUCCUACAUUUUGUCAUUAAUUUAGGAAUGCUACUUGGAGAACGACUUCACCUGCAUGUUCUUUGCUGCCCAAUCACUGAUGAUCUUGCAGGCCUUAUAUGGGACAAUCCCAUACAUUUCUGGCAAAGGGGACUGUGCAAAGGUAGCUUACCUUAUUGUUUAAUUAAAGAAAUCCAAUGUUACUAUAGCAGUUAUGAACGUAAGCCCAGCUGUGCACAGGAAACUCUUACUCAGCUAUCAUGUUAGAUUCAUGACUUUUACUGUCAACAACCAACAGGUUUUGCCUUUGUAUUUAUGACACAGCUAAAACAUGAGUUUACUUAGUUUGUCCUCAGAUAAUGAGAUGCUGUUCGUGCUUUUGUCCAGUGAAAUGUUGCAUGUUAUGUGAAUGGUGUACAUAUUGCAAUGACAUUUUUUACCUGUCAACCUUGCAGCAAGUGGUGGAAAUGAUGAGGAGAAUGAAGAUUGAGACUGGAGGGGUUGAACCCCAGAUCACACCACAGAUAGACAACUUGCUCAUCCUGGACCGCAACGUUGAUCUGUUGACGCCUCUCCUGUCUCAGCUGACCUACGAGGGUCUUAUUGAUGAGAUCUUUAACAUUAAAAACAGUAAGUUUUGUUUGGAUUUAUUUUGGUGUCAGUGUCGUCAAAGUGUUUAAUCCUUUAUGCAGUGAAGAAGUGAAUUUUGAAGCUGCAAUCAGCACUGGUUCACAUUUUAGAAAUAAGAAAACACAUGUUACUAUGAUCAAAGACAUCUCUGUUAUGAGUCAAGUGCCUGAAGGACAAUUAGCAAACCACUGUUUAGGAUACUAAUGAGUUUUUAACAUUUUAGUAAACUCAUUUUUGGUGGGGGGCUUAUAAUGUCUUUUUUUCUUGCUAAAAUAAUACAUUUUAUUGCAUUGAUUAUAAAGUUGUGAUUUACCGUAUAUACUCGCAUAAAGGAUACACCAGGAGAUAGGCCACACCUCUAGCUGGCGGUUGUCAGAGUGGGUAUUUGCGGUUCACCCUCAGAUAAGUCACACCCUUAAUUUUCGGAGUUUCAUGGGCCCUUUUGUCAAAAUGUAAAUAAAAUUAAUGUUUGUUCAACAGACAUUAAAAAAAAAAUGAAAAGCUGUUGCAUAAACUACAUGAUCUUUAAAAAAAAUGUUUUUUAAAAAAAUAUUUCCCUUUGCUCCGGUGUAAGUGAGAGCAAGGAGAAAAUGAUUCUCCCACUUUUUGAAACAAAAUUUAAGUAGUUUGUUAAGGUUGCACCAUAACAAAUUGUUAUAAAAAAUUUUGUUUUCAAUUUGACUUCACAGCUUACGAUGUGUGAGAGGGUUGUUCAUUUAAAAUACAGAUUAAAGAGCAUUAAAUAUUUGUGCUUUGUUUCAGCUAACGUCAAACUUCCUCCGGAAAAAUUUUUAACGGCAGAGGAGAAAAAGAACACCAAAGAUGAAGCAUUAACUGAGCCAAAGAAAUUUAUUCUCAACUCAGCCGAUGAGUUGUAUGCAGAGCUGCGGGACAAAAACUUCAAUGCUGUCGGCUCUAUAGUUAGCCGCAAGGCUAAGACCAUCACUGCGGAAUUCGAUGUGAGUCAUUAUGUGGGUCUGCAUGGGAAGAAGCUGGGACUGAAAGCCAGAAUACUAAUGUGUGCUAAAUGCAUGGGUCUACAUGGGAGGGAUGAGAUUGAAAGCCAGAAUACUAAUGUGUACUAAAUGCAGAAGAGUGAAAUAUUUAAGUUAUUAACAUAGUGGAAGAUUAUUGUAACUGAAUUAUUGUCAGUGUGUUAGGUGUUGGUGGUCUAUUCAUGUCUGCUUAUCAACACAUUCUGCUCACUUAUGAACUGUCUUUUUCUGUGUCUGCCUAUUGUCUGUGUCUGCUUGUUGUCUGUGUAUGCUUAUUGCACAUUCUGCUCAUUUAUCAACUGUCUUUAUCUGUGUCUGCCUAUUGUCUGUGUCUGCUUGUUGUCUGUGUAUGCUUAUUGACACAUUCUGCUCAUUUAUCAACUGUCUUUGUCUGUAUCUGCCUAUUGUCACAUUCUGCUUUAAAUCAUCUGUCAACUGUCUUUAUUAGUGUCUGCCUAUUUUCACAUUCUUCUUAGUUAUCAACAGUCUUUAUCUAUGCCUGCCUAUUGUCGCAUUCUGAUCAUCUUGCAACUGUCUUUAUCUGUGUCAGCAUAUGUCACAUUCUGCUCAUCAAAUAUCUUUAUCUGUGUCUGCCUAUUGUCAAAUUCAAAUCAUCUGUCAACUGUCUUUAUUAGUGUCUGCUUAGUUAUCAACAGUCUUUUUCUUUGUCUGCCUAUAGUCACAUUCUGCUCAUUUAUGAACUGUCUUUAUCUAUGUCUGCCUAUUGUCGCAUUCUGAUCAUCUUGCAACUGUCUUUAUUUGUGUCUGCCUAUUGUCACUGUUGUCCUGUAUAUUAUAAUGUCAUUCUCGGUGCUUACCAGCCUUUAGUUAUGAAGAAAGGUUUUUAUUUUGUAAUUUCCCAAUGACAAAAGUUUUCAUAUAUUUUUAUACUUUUAUUUUAUUUUAUUUCCCUAUUAAAUGUUACACAAAAUAAUGACAAAACUAAUUGCCAAAAUACUACAACCGUACACUGAACAAAUACUAGGUGGAUUCAAGCAAAACAGAACAACGACUGAUCAGAUGCCUAUUGAGAAAUGUUACAAAUAUAACAUCCCAGUACACCAACUCUAUGUGGACUAUAAAAUGGCCUAUGACAGCAUCGAAAGAAAAUAUCUAUAUGAGUCUCUGCAGGAGUUUGGGAUACCCAACAAACUGACAAGACUAAUACAUGUAACAUUAACAACCCAAAAAGCAAAAUCAAGGUUCAAGGAGAAUAUUCAAGGGAAUUCCAGAUUAGAUGCGGCCUAAGACAAGGGGACUUACUGUCUUGUAUCCUAUUUAACCUAACAUUAGAGACCUAAGAAACAUAAAUAUUGACACCCGAGGAAUAAUAACAGGAUACUUUCUGAAGGAGACCCACAAUCAAUGGGCACUCUCUACAUUAAAAACCUCUUUAUUAUUUUGCAUAUGCUGAUGACAUAACACUGUUAGGGAAAAGUAGUAGAGAUAUAUUAAAAGCCUUUAUUGAAUUUGAAGACGCAUUAUCACAAGCAGGGCUAGAAGUUAACAACCAAAAAAAAACAAAAUACAUUACUUUGAUAAGAGAAGAACAGACAGAUAAAACCAUUUAAAAUUAAAAACCACACUUUCGUAAAGUAAAUUAAUUGAAAUUAAGGAUCCUUAAUAAAUGCAAGAAAUGAAUUACUAACAGAAAUAAAAGAAAGAAUAUGGACCAGAAAGAGGGCACACUUCAGUAGUCAGGAAAUACUCAAAAGUAAAAACAUAAUUACCAUAAAAACAAAGGAAACUAUAUAUAAAACUGUAAUCAGACCAGUUGUAACAUACGCAAGUGAAACUUGCACCCUAACAAAAUUGGCAUAAAACAUAUUAAACACAUGGGAGAGACAAGAUCUCCUGAAAAUAUAUGGACCAAAAAAGGAUGAAUAUGGAUGGAGAAAAUGAACCAACCAUGAAUUGUACAGCCCAUAUCAGGAACCCAUGCUAGUAACAGAAAUUUAAAAAAAGGGGGCAGGCUAAGCUGGGAGGGACACUUAGAAAGAAUGCCAAAUGACAGAGGAGUGAAGAGGGCACACCACCAAAACCCCAGAGGAAAUCAGCUCUAAUGCAGACCUAGGCUUAGAUGGAUGGAUGAUGUCGAAAAGCUACAGCAGCUGGGAAUUCAAGCAUGGAAAAUAAAAGCAUCAGUUAGGUCUGAGUGGAAGGAUGUGCUGAGGCAGACCUAAGCCCUAAAUGGGCUGUAGUGCAAGAGGGAUGGAUGGAUGAUUGGACUUCAUUUUAUUAUCAAUGAUCAUUAUGUAGGCAAAUCCAUUUUCCUUAUUUAAUUGUUCAUCUAACUGAUGAUGUAAAUCUGUAUAUUUUUGUUAAUGUUAUCAGUAAUGCUAUGAUUUUUUUUUUUUUUUAAAAAAGGAGAGACAUGCUGCCAAGACAGUUGGAGAAAUGAAACAGUUUGUGUCUAAGCUCCCUCACUUGCAAGCAGCACGUUCAUCAUUAGGCAUACGUGAGUACAAUAAAAUCCUUUUUGAAAUCUUCUUAUUAAAAAUGUGUAACAUUCAGUAGCUAUGUUUGUUAUGAGUAGCGUGAAGAUAAUAUUUUAAUUUAUGUUAUAAUUUACUGUACCAUAAAAAUUAAGUUUUAUUCAAGUGUUGUUUAUUUUUUUAAUGAGCUGCUCAUAAGUGAACACCAGUUUUAUGUUGAUUCAGUUAAGAAAAAAAUUAAAUGAUGCUGUGUACUAUUUCAGAUACUUCAAUAGCUGAGUUGAUCAAGGAAGUCACAGACUCUGAUGAGUUUCUUGAUUCCCUGCGCUGCCAACAAGGUAAAGACUCCAUAGGCCUCUGAAGGCAUCAAAUUUCAUUGCUGGUUACAACCUUGGUAAAAAUUGGGCCUUUGUCAUCUUUAAAUAGGAGUACAUUUUUAUUGAUGGUGUAAGAAUGUCUGCAAGCGUAAAUAAUGCUGAAUGUAGUAGUGGUUUGUCUUUGGAUGUCAUAUCAUUCAUAGUUUCAUUAACAAUUAAAUUCUGCCAAUUGUCUGGACUAGAUUCAAUUAAUGAUUAAAGUCUACCAGCUGUCUGAGACUUUGUUCAAUUACUGAUUAAAUUCUGUCAAUUGUCUGAGACUAGGUUCAGUUACUGAUUAAAACAACUUACUUUUAAUCUUAAAUUAAUUUUUGUUGUUUGUUUUUUAUAUUUCAAAUUCACAUAACACCAUAAAUUAAAUUGAAGGGUAAAAAAUGCCUGCAUUGUAAUUGCAUUAUGUUUAUCCCCUCAUUUAAUUAAAUCAUAUUUAUUUUUGAUAGAUUUAUGUACAAAGUUCUGCCUAUGUCAUAUUGAGUAGUGAAAGAUUUAUUUAAAAACUGUACAAAGUUUGAUCCCAGGUAAUUUCUUGACAAUUUCACCUACAUCUGACUUGCCCUUUGAUCCUCAGAGUUGACCCAUGGUUUAGAAACUGACAAAGUGAAUCCCUACAUUGAAGACUGCAUAGCGAGAAUGGAGCCUCUCUGCAAGGUCCUCCGCCUGGUCUGCAUACAAUCUCUCUGUAAUGAUGGACUCAAGCCUAAAGUUUUAGAAUAUUACAAAAGGGAGAUUAUUCAGGUGAUUAGUUUUCAAACUUGACAUGGAGAGAUCCGUCUUAGUUUUCCAUUAGAUCAACACUGAGCUGACAUCUCCUGAACUAAAGCUGAUUUCUUUUCUUUUUUUUUAUGGUUUCUCUGAAACUUAGUUUUAAAUUUUAAAACUAGUUUUAGUAAGCUUUCUAUUCUAUUAUCUUCAUCAAGUUAGCUCCAUAAUACUAAUACAGAUAAGAAAUGACUACCCCAAGUUGUUAUACACAUAGAUGACAUUAAAAAAUAUCAGAUAGAAGUUUAUACAGCUCUAUUAAAACAUAAGUUGGCCAGCCAUGCCAACCUGUAUGGUUUACCAGCAGUUUGUACAUUUUUUUGAUCCCACAGGUUGGCAUCUUUGAGGUAGAGAUUUGAAUUUCAAUUAAAUGUUUUGACAUGUUUUUCUUUCUUUUGCCUUCUACUUCACAGACUUACGGCUUUGAACACCUGGUGACGUUAUCUAACCUUGAAAAAACUGGAUUCCUUCGUCUCCACUCCACACGUUUUUAUCAAACUAUUAGGAAAACACUCAAGUUAAUUGUUGAGGAGGUUAAUGAACAGGUUAGAUAUUUAUACUGUCAGGAAACAUUCGGGUUCAUUGUCGAGGAAGUUGAUGAACAGGCUAGAUCAUUAUUUUUUAUCCUUAAAUUCAAGGUAGACAUUUCCUAGUUGGAUGUUCCGACAGAGGCUUUGAGGUGGGUGGUAGGGAUUAUUUUAGUUUAAGCAAACAUUCCAACGUACUUGAUUUUAAUCUCAGUAGAAAAUAAUUAAAAGAAUGGAUCCAAAAAUAUGACUGCUAUACUAUUAACUUUACAUUUAUGGAAAAAGAGUUGUAAAUUAGUUACACUUGAGAAAAAAAAAAUGAUGAUCUGCUUAUUUCAUUCCACCAGAAUAAGAAGUUUUAUAUUAACUUUUAAGUGCAAUAUUAAAGAAUAUAAAGCAACCUCAGAUGGAACAAAAUAAUGACUUAAUUAUGCUUAGCCCAGAAGUCAUCGACUGUCAAUCCAGACAAUCAGUUUCAAGAGGAAAUAUAUCAGCUAGAUGGAGCUAAUGUUUCAAAACAAAUUAUUAUAUGAAUGUUGCCCUCAUUCAAUUUUAUUCCCCAGAAUCCUAAUGACAUUGCAUACGUGUAUAGUGGUUACGCCCCUUUAAGUGUCAGACUUGCCCAAUAUUUGGCACGUCCAGGGUGGCGAAGCAUCACAGAGGUUCUCAACAUCUUACCAGGUCCCAAAGUGGAAGAAGUCCAACAAAUUCCCAUGGGGCUGCGCAAAAGACGUGAGUUUUUUGUUUGUUUGUUUUGCUACGACUGACAUAAAGAGAUUUUGAUAACAAGGAUUUUAGAAAGUAUUAUUACUUUACAUUUAGUUUUGUCAAGAAAAGAUCCUAGUUUUGUACAAGUAUCCAAUGAUUGACUUUCCAUUGACAGGAGCAUCUGUAACAUCUUCUCAAUCCAGCAUGGGGGAGCAGAAGUUGACUCUGGUUUUCUUUUUGGGUGGUGUCACCCAGGCAGAGGUGGCAGCCUUACGGUUUCUGGCACAGCAGGAUGACGGUAAGCUAAUAACAAUCACUUUUUAUACUACAGAGCAAGUCUGUUAUUGUGAUCUUGGUCACAGUGAGAUAUAUUUUGUUAUAGUCUUAUAUUUACUAGCAGUCAUGGUGUCUUAACUUAAAGUCUUUUUGUCUGGUAUGGUAUUCUAUUUGUCGAAUGGUUUCAUAUUAGAAAUAUUGACAAGUUUCUUGGGGCCGUAUCUAGAAACACAAAGGCGGCCACCAUCUUGUUUGUUGAAAAUGGGUCCCUAUCCAUAAGGAUAUUAUGAUUAGGGGUUUAUCAAUAUCUUUUUUUGAUAUCAAUGUAGAUUUUUUUUUAGUUUAGUCACCUCCAGGCUAUGCAUUUUUUAGUAAAAAAUAUAAAAUUUACAUGCCUAAUUGUUUCUGAGAUGUAAAGAAUUUAAUCAUUGUAAUAUUAAUAUGAACAUGCUUUUUGACAGGUUUUAAAGUUCUGAUUUUAAAAAUAUGGAAACCGUGAAAGGGAUGGGGGCUUAGUUUUUUCUUUGUAUAAAAUUGAUGGCUUUUUCUCUGUGAUAUACCGCCGAAUUUUGUAUCAAAAAAUUAUUCACUGGUUAAGCUUCAUGUGGUACCAACAAAUAUUUGUUAUGUUUGAUAUCCUAUUUAUGAGCCAUUUUUUAAUGGACAAAUUAGGCUGUGUACUAUAGUAAUGCUAUUAUUACUGGAAGUUAGUAAUCAUGUAUACAGAAUAAAGCGUUUUUGAAUUUCUAGGUCUAAUGAUAAAUAUGGAAACAGCUGGAUAGCACACUGGGUAGUCAUGUAUAAGAAAUGCAUAGUAAAACAGUGGACGUAUAUGCUAUAUGUUUCUUGAUAUUGUAAUAGCUGGUCAUCUCUUCAGUCUUUUAUCUUAUCAAGUAAAUACUUAACUACAUGUCUCAGAUAUCAGACCUUUAAACUAGAACAACUACAUGUCUCAGACAUCAGACCUCUAAACUAGAACAACUACAUGUCUCAGACAUCAGACCUUUAAACUAGCACCUGUAUAGAAGCUAUUGAGAUUUUACCUCUUCAUUCACAAAAUGCCCUAUAACUAGUUGUCCUGUUUUCUUGAUAUCAAAGAAGUAAUCACUAAUUGACCUCUUCUGUUUCCUGCCAAGAUGAUGGCAUGUAGCUUCCAUACAAAAAAAUGUCGCUAACUUUCUUCUAUACAAACAUUCCCACUUUUAUCCCAACUAACAACGCUGAUGGUGCUCCAUACAGAAUCAUUGUUUUAUUAAUAUUUCUCAAUGAAUUGUGCCUGUCUGCAUGCAAGCUAACUCAGGUGUCCCCCAAGAGUAUGUUGUGGCUACCACCCGUAUCAUUACUGGGAACUCAUUAAUGGAAGAGCUGAUUGAAGGUGCUCAACGCUACCAUCCAGAUGGUGGAAGUGUCCACUAGCAGCCUCUGUCUCAUGUAGGAUUUGAAUCUAGUAACUGUGUGUUCCAACUGCCAAGAAAAGGUCCCCCCCCCCUCCCUUCCCUGCUUUAAAAUCCAUUCUCCAAAAACUACAGAAAAAUCUGAUUGAGUCUAACCUUUGGGUACUCUUAAAUACUGUUCUUACUAAAAUGUUUUGAUACUCAAAUGCUUUUUCAAAAAGUUUAUAUAUAAACAUUUAAAAUUAUUUACACAAUUCUGUGAAUGGUAUAAGCAAAUAUUGUAAAAAAAAUAAUUUUCAAAUGGUUUUUAAAAAAUGUAUCCUAUAACUCAUAAUUUGUUCAAAAGUUGAUCUUUUAUUAUUUUACAGCAACUGAAUAAUCUGCAUUCUCUGUUAAUUUGGUUAUAUUCAUCUGUGAUUUUUAAAAAUUACGUAACAAACCUAAAGAUGCAAUGUAACACUUACAUAUUUUUUUAAUGAUGCUCAGUUGAAUAGUUUUUCCCUUCAAUGCAUUUUAUUGAACUUCUACCCUCAUCCAUUGUUUUUCCUCACAGUGAUCUUUAUCUUAUGUUUCCCAAACUCUCUUUUCCAUCUUUGUAUUCUAUUGUACUACUUAAUGAUUUUUUGGUAAUUGGUAAGAAUCUUGAUACUGGUCAUUAAAAAGAAAACAUGAUAAAUAUUCCGGUUAUUGACUUAUUGAAAUUGUGAUCUCAUGAAUUAUGAUGCAAAUGUUCUCUUAAGCAUAAUCCUUGCAGUAAAUUUUUUUAUGUGCUUAUGCCCUGAAAAGAAUGGACAGAUGAGUAAUUAAUAAAUGAAUCAAUAGUUAAUAUUUUGGUAAAAUUUCGUUAUUUAAUGACUAUUAAUCAAAACGUAAACAGUUCAUAAUAAAUACUGACAAAGGCUUCAAAAGUAAAUACAAAAUACAUCUUUUCUUGUUGGUUUUUUUUUCUUUUCUAUUAUUCUUUUAUUUUGACCCCCUAUUAUGUUUUAAUGGAAAUCUGUUUUCAUGAAUUUGCUGUGAUAACAAGAUCUUUUCCUUUCCCCACCAGGGGGCACUGACUAUGUGGUGGCUACAACCAGUAUUAUCACAGGGAACCGACUCAUCAACUCACUGAAAGAAACCAUAGAACCUGUCAAGUUGAACCCAUUUUAAUCAGCCACAGAUGACAUGACUCUUCGGUUUUCACCGACCUGAAACCGAUUUCGAUGCUGCCAUCUCAAAGUUUAUUGAUUUAAAAACCUUAUAGCUUCCUACUGGAUUUUGGCAUAUUGACAUGAUCAAUAAAUUGAGUUUUCUUUCUUGUGAAAGAAAUGUAUUUAUGAAGUUUAAUGACAAAAUGUAUUUUUAAAAUUAAAAUCCCUUUAAGCACCAAUUCUGGCUGUGAUUUUAAAAAAGUUAUCUCUUAACCCCUUUGAUACCACCCAAUGUAAACUGUAGAGCUCGGAAAGGGUUAAAUUUGAUGUUUUUCCUUGUGACUUGGUAAAAUAAGGUCCGUGGGUUGGGGAAUGUUUUUAAAUAUCUCAUACAAAUGGAACAGUUAAAUGACUUACAAAUACAAGAUAACAAGUUAAUAACACUGAGCAUGUUUUGUUGAUUUUUAAUACAAAUAAAAAAUUUGCAUCUUGUCCAUAAAAAAAAGAAACAAUUUUUUUUUCAGAACUUUUUGUUAAUAAAGUGACCUUUAACCUUGAAGUUGUUAACCUUGAUGAGCCUCAUCUACACCUUGAUUCCAUGCUCAGAUUUAAGACUUGUAAUAGGAUAUCUUAGAACAUGAAAGAGAUAACAGAGAGUUUAAAAAUAGUAGCCCAAAAUCAAACAAAUCUCUUGAAGGUAAAGUAAGAUGAUGCCCUUUUGAUAGCACAACCUGGGGUUAAGAAGUGCUUGAAGCAUUUCUUUGGGAGCUCUAGUUUUCAAAUCACUUGGUGGCCAUGGUUUAUUGAUAUAAGAGAGGUGAGUGGUUUAUUGAUAUAAGAGAGAUGAGUGGUUUAUUGAUAUAAGAGAGGUGAUUGGUUUAUUGAUAUAAGAGAGAUGAGUGGUUUAUUGAUAUAAGAGAGAUGAGUGGUUUAUUGAUAUAAGAGAGAUGAGUGGUUUAUUGAUAUAAGAGAGAUGAGUGGUUUAUUUAAAUUAAGAGAGAUGAGUGGUUUAUUGAUAUAAGAGAGAUGAGUGGUUUAUUGAUAUAAGAGAGAUGAGUGGUUUAUUGAUAUAAGAGAGAUGAGUGGUUUAUUGAUAUAAGAGAGAUGAAAGGUUUAUUGAUAUAAGAGAGAUGAGUGGUUUAUUGAUAUAAGAGAGAUGAAAGGUUUAUUUAUAUAAGAGAGAUGAGUGGUUUAUUGAUAUAAGAGAGAUGAGUGGUUUAUUGAUAUAAAGAGAGAUCAGUUUCACCCGCAAAUAGUGGGAUCUUUACAAAAUGAAUGAAUGGCAAGUAAGGAUGUGUUGAGUGUGAGGUUACUUAGUGUUAGAAAGUGAGCAUGUGUGAACUUUUAUCUUUAUUUUACACAUGUUUGUGAGCAUGUGCUGGAAAUAACCUUAUGCGGCUCAAUUUAUCAUUGUGCAGAGCUAAUGUGCUUUAAAUGUCCAGGGGGCAAAACUGAUAAGUAAAAUUAUUUUUUGCGUAUUUUAUUAGGAUUUAAAGAGGAAAUAACUGCCAUGGUUCAUUAAUUGCUUUGAUAAAAUUCACAAUUUCAGAAAAAACGCUUAGGAAAAUUUUGUUUUCUUAAUUUCAAUGUGACCACAUUCUUGAAAUCUGUAUUCUUGCCCUUUAUAAAUGUAGCAACUAUUCCAUCUGUCAUAAUGACCAUGAGUUGCCUCUUAUAUAAGGUAUAAUGUUGAUAGCUCUUAUUCAUGUUCAUGCCAAUUAAUGGGAUUGUGAAUAUGCAAUUGUACUAAGUUAUAGUAAUAGUAUAGAUUUCCUGUUGAAUUAUCUCCCCUUUCUGUUAAAUUCUCUUUCCUUUACUUUAUGGUCUAAAUUAGUCAUGGUGCACCAAUCACUUAAGAAGAUGGAGUGAUUGAUUUAUUUCAUAUGUUAGUUAUAUUUGGGUCUUAACUUUUAAAAGAUUGACUGAUUUGUUGAUUAAGUUUGUGAUAAUAAAGCGUGUAAUAUCAGUUGAUGCCAUGGACCAAUUGUCAUGUAUAGGUUUGUAUAGUUG